AUGGAUACAAUUCAGUAUACUGGAUGGAAGAUAAAGAAUAUUACUGAUUCCAUAGGUGAGAUUGAUCUCCAUGAAAGCCAAAACCCUUCAUCUGCAGAGAAGCAGAAAUGCAGAAGCCUUGAUAAGAACAACAUAGUGAUAGCAUCUCAUUUAUCGACCAUGAAUCCUUCCUCCAGCAGCAAGGCAGCUCCUCACAUGAAGGGCACCAGAGAGACAGUCCAGCAGUCUGUAAGAUGUUUCAAAUUCCAAUUAUCUUCCAGUAAAACUACCUGCUCCAGUAAGCAGUUAGACAUUACACCACAAACUGUAGCCAAAGAGAAGGCAUUACAGUCAACAAAUCACAUACCUGCAAUUGGACAGUGCAGCAAAACUCAAAACAGCACCUCUUCUAAUUCUGCAAGAUCAAAACGACUUAUAUCUUUGGCACAUGGUAGUGUACCAACAACAUUUAAACAGCAAAACGUACAAUCUAGUUUCAUCACACAAACUGAACAUACAGUGACACUUCGUCAAAACGUUUACGCUGAUUGUAAGCUUGAACUAUUCAGGCCAGGACGUCGAAAGGAAACUCCCUCACCAGUAUGUAUUAAGAUGAAAGACAGCCAGAAGAACCAAUCUACCAAUAGAACAUGCUUCAAGUCUCCGUUAAGCAGCUCUUUAAUAACUAAUGAAAUGAACAUGUCCAUUAAUAAAACACAAUGGUAUAGCUUUGAUCACUCUGGAAAGAAUGCUAAUGGUGCUUGGAGAGUCCAGUAUAGCUGUGACAAUAGCCCCACUAGCACUGAAGUCUCAGAUGAUAGGAGCCCAGGAGUUUCUGAAGCCUCAUCAGAAGACUGUUGUGUUCCACACAAAUCACAUUCACUGCCUUCAGCCAGGGUAAUGAUCAAGAGUCCCUAUGACUGUGAGGACCUGCUUCAGAACUUGGAAACAGACUGUGCCAAAUUAAGACGACAAAAUUAUCGUGUGGCCAAAAUUACUUUGCAAAGAGAUCAACGUGGAUCAGCGAAACUCUCAGGACACUUGGAUGAGCUGCACCCUCAAUCUAUGGUACACGCAUAUACCCCUGCCUUUCGAGCACACCCUUUGAAUGCUGCAUUCUAUCGGACAAGAGAAUCAAAGGGAACUCAAUCUGCUCCAAAGUACCAACACUUCCCACAUCCUCCAGAAGCAGUGAUGGAAAUGACUGAGGGCAAUGUUGCAUUGUCUACCAUACUCCAUGCCUCUGACGAGGGAUUGAGUCAAACCUGCAUUGAGAGGAACCCUGUCAAAAUCAAAUGGAAAGGUGCAAAAGUAAAGAAUACACUUGUACACAAACCUGCUCUAAAGAGGAUGACUCCAGACCAGCAGUGCUACAUCACAAGCAGAAUGCUGUCCCUCAGCCACAAGAAUAAGCAUAAAAGCCUGUGGAGUGCCUGGGUUUCCAGUAAAGAAAGACAAGUGAUUCAAAACUUUUAG